AGGACCCACCCCUCAAGGCCGCGGGUUUGGUUGCACACAGGCUGCAGUUUCAGUUUGUUUUAUUCACCAUUUUGAGUAGCUGAAGGUAAAAAAAUUAAGAAUAUUUGCGUUUGGAGGACAAGUCGCUGUCGUACUUUUAUUUUCACGCGCUAGCUCGGACGGUGGAGUUGUGCGUCAAUCUCGCUCCCCACGGUGUUUUGCAGAGCGGGAAUCUAUAUUUCUUUUUUUUCCCUGUGCUUUUUCUUCUCCCCCCUUUCUUACAUCCUUAACCUCUACAGUAUUCCUGCAAAAUGUCAAGACCAGUGAGGAACAGGAAGGUGGUGAACUACUCACAAUUCAACGAGUCUGACGAUGCAGAUGAGGAGUAUGGUGAUGAUAAGCCGAAGAAGGUGCGCACAGCACCUCGUGAGCCCAAGCACAAGCGCUCAAAGAACUCACAGGAUGACAGUGAGGACUCUGAUGACAAGCUCUCUAAAUCCAAAAAUGAUUCAGCAGAUGACUUUGGCAGCGAUGAUGAAGACAAUGACUUUGGAGAGGAGGAGGAUGAAGAUGGAGGAAGUGACUAUGAAGAAAAAAGAGGGAAAAAGGGAAAGAAAGCCAAGGUUGAGAAGCCCAGCAAGAGGGGCCCAAAGAGAAAACGGGCUGCAGAUGACAGUGAUGAUGACAGGGAAGUGAGUCGAAAGCGUACAGUGCGCCAGGCAGCCUCCAAAGCUGUGUCCAAACAGAGGGAGAUCUUGCUGGGUGAUGGAGGCAGUGAGGAUGAGGAGCACGAAGACCAAGAGGAAUCCUACAUGGACCCUGAUGAGUCCGGCAGCGAUGAGGACUUCAUGGUGGAAGAUGAUGAUGACAGUGACUACGGCCACUCCAAGAAGAGAAGCAAGAAGGUGAUUCGACGGGGACGGACGGACAAGAAAGAGAAGAAAAGUCCCAAACCCCGACUAAAGGCCACAGUGACCCCCAGCCCAAUGAAAGGUAAGGGAAAGGGGCGCCCCAGCGCCAAGGCCCUGGAGAAGAGCUCACCCAAAGAGGAGGAGGAGGAGGACCCCGAGAGUCCCCUGGAGGAGGAAGAGGAGGAGGCCGAGAAGAAAGAGACCUCCCCCGCCCCCAAGACGACGAAGGAGGCCGCAGGAGGAGAGGAAGAGGAGGAAGACGAAGAGGAGGAGGACGGCUCAGAAGAGGAGGCACCCUCUGGAGAAGACUAGAAGAUGGUACCCAUUUGAAGCCCAUCCUCCAUGUCUCUCUCUCUCUGUCUCUUCUCUAUGUUUUUGUUUUCUUUUGUUGCUCUGCGUUUAGAGUUGUUUUUUUUUUUCCCUUCUUUUUUUUGUUUUUCUUUUUCUUUUUUGUUGUUUUUUUCCUCCUGGUGGCCUGGCUCAAUGGUUUGGACUUGGUGUGCUUUUUCUUGUUUGCCCUGCCCCCCUUGAACUAAGACAUUGUGCUCAUGUGAUCAUACAGCAUAUAUAAGGAGUUUUUAUUGUCAACAUUCAGCCUCACUCACCCUCCUGUCUUCAUCAUUUUCUUUGUGCAUAUUAGUGUAAAAAGUUUCUGCCUUUCUAAGAGCUCAGUGCUAGUGAGCAUCCGUCCUGAGUGUGAACAGACAGGUUCACUAGUGUUUGUGUUUUUUCCUCCCGUGAUCUGACAUGACUGAUUACACUAUUUUCCCCCUGUUUACUUCACUGAUAUCUGCAAUUACUGGGGGUAUUGUUCGGAGCUUCCCAGUAUCAGUAACUUAAGCGCUGUAUUUAGAAAGCGAUGUUAAGUCAACACAUGCAACGCUGCAGCCUUGACACCUCUCUCUGGUACUUGUGCUUUUAAACCCAGAGCAUGUUUUAACAGGGCAGCGUUAGUUUUAUAAAAAAUAAAAAAAACUUUAAAACUGUUCUUUUAGUUAUAGCAGAGUAUUUUUAAUUUCAUUUUUACUCUUUCAGAAUAUAUUCAUGCCCUGAACUUUUGUGUGGCAGUGUGGAGAAGAGCGCAUUAUUUUGAAAAGUAUUCCACUUGUAGUUGCUGCUUCUUAGAUCAAACAGUUUGAGGUGUGUUACAGACAGAGUGGUGGGUCACCGCUGAGUGUUUGCUACAUGCCGGACUGCCACUAUCACACAUUUCAAGCCAACGUGUGUUUUUAUGUACUUGUUUAAAUUUGUAUGCCUGUGGGAUACUUCCUGUAAGAGGGUGUGGCUUUUUCUUUUUUUCUUGGCCCAUUGGCUGCCUUUGUGAAACGGUUUCUGUUGUUAUAUGUUGGGCUUUCUAAUGAUGCACCAUGCUACGUGAAGCAACCCCAACCCUUUUCAGAACACACCAAUCUCCCCUUCCUGCAUGGCUACAGCAUCUUCUCAACAUUCAAGCUGUUGUGCCAGGCACCCCUAAUUCUUUUGUUUUAUUUUAUUUUUAAGAAAUGCAAGAAGAGAUGUUUCUUUUUCUUUUUUCUUUUUUUCUUUUUUUUUUUUGAGGGUUAAAAAAAAUGAAUGUUGUUUUUUCUCCUGUUGGUUCAUUGUUCUAAUUCUCUAUUCAGAUUUUUUUUGUAAUGUUUGUUUUUUAAGAAAAGAAAUAAAAUGUAUCUUGAUUUUAAAGAAAACAGUCGACCCUAUCCAAUCUGUUCUGCCUGAUGGUUGGACCAACCAUCCCUCCCUUAUUUACUCCAGUCUUUACUCCUUUCUUUCUCUUCUCCUUCCCUCUCUCCCAGUCGCAUCAGCUUAAUGGUUACUGUUGGUAUCCAUGUCCAUGUGUUUCGUAGAGCUUUCUGUUGCUCACAUUAGUACUUCACAAGCUGAAACAUUUUUAAAUCCAGAAUUCUUCAGUACUGAGGCUCAGAAAAGAUUGAAAUGGUGGUGGGCAGCUCAGUGUAUGUCUGGCAUUCAUUUGUCUAUUAAUGCCUUAAUUUUCUUUGAGUUGAGUUUCAGUAGUGGCUCUGAUAUCAUCACUGGAGGCCUGAGAAUGUAAUGUGUCCUCAUGUUUUAGGUCUUUGCUACAAGCAGCAAAUUAGGCUUAGAACAAGUCAACAAUUUGUAUGAUCAGCAGACCAUCCAAAGCCAUAAACGAUCUCAAAACUAGUGACUUGGAGAUCAGGUGCAGCACUUGUGAGAUUGUCCUUUUUUGCGAUAAGUAGUGUUUGAUGUCAAAGCAAAAAAAAAAAAAAAAAAAAGUGAAAAGUUGCUAUGAUGAUCUUGGGAAUUCAACCUCAUUUAUUAGGCAUUGGUCAGGAGAAAUUCUGAUUGGUCCCAAGACUGCAACAGAAAUCAGUCCUGGGUGUGUACAGGACACACUCGAACCUAGUCCCUGGUUCAGAAGCACAUUUGAUUGUUUUACGACUGUCAUUAGCAGGUUAGUGUUUUUCUAUAUUCAGGUCCUAAAUUGGCACCAAGUCCUUAAUGUCAUUUUAAGAUGAUUGGGUAUGAAUAAGAAAAUAAAUAGGGAAAAAAAAUUGUUUAUACCAAUGUAAAGCUCUGAGAGCUCUGUUUGCAGUAGGGUCAGAUAUUGUCUUGUAGUUCACAGCACUGAGGGCUUGAAUGAGGUUCCUCUCUCUCAUCCCACAGGAGGCACAUGGCAUAAGGCUAUGAAUUUCUCCUUUCUCAUCCAUUCUACGAUUUCUUCUGUUGUACUGUUUUUGAUGUUUCUUUUCUAUCUACCUUCAGUUGUACUGGCAAUGUAAAAAUGUAAGCCAAGUUGUGAUUCUUACAGAAGACCAAGUGGAGAAGCUUUUGUCACUAGUGUGGGAAAGGAACGCUGAACUCUUGAAUCUUUUGCAUGUUGUGGAAAAAGUGCGAAAAAGUGCGAUGAUGAUGAUGCUGGUAAUGGCAAUGGCAAUAUUGUGGUCUUACAAAAAAAAGUAUUAACAACGACGAUGUUGAUAAUGUUUUGGUUUCCCAGCUUCUAAUAAAGGCAACCUACUUUUUA